GUGGAACACGCCAAUCAGAUGGCCUGUGUCUGAGCAGAACAUGGAGCCGGUGGAAGGAUGCCCCAGGCUGCUGAGACGUCUGAGAAUCCCAUUGCUGAUAUUGCUGGUGGUGGCUGUGCUGGCGACCUUGACAACCUUCAUCAUCAGGACCACCAGACCAUCCUGCAAGGAUGUCCAAGCUAAGCAGGAUUGUUGCAAUAGCACGAGCCUCCUGGAACAUCAGCUGACUAAGGCCCAGGAAGAUCAACUGCAGAGAAAGGCCCAGGUCACUGCCUGCAACAAGACUGUGGAGACCCUGAUGGCUUCCUUGGAGAAGGAGAAGUCUCGGAGCCAAGUGCGAGAGAAGAAUCUUCAAGAAAAGAUCCAGAACCUGCAGCAGCAGCUACAGGAAGCUUCCACGGAGGUGGAGAAACUAAGGAAAGAGAAAGAGGAGUGGGGCCAGUACCCCAAGACCUCCUCCAUCAGCUCUCUGGUGACCCUCAGUCCCAUGGCGCUUGCUGCACUUCUGCUGCUGGACCUCUGGGCUGUCUGGACUUGAGGUUCCCAGAAGCCAGUUGGUCACAGCCUGGACUGGUCCGGUUCUCUGCUCUCCGCUUCCAGGAUUACCUGACUGGGCCUAUUUGGAGGGGCCCACACAACAGCAGGGUUGGGGGAGGAGACAAUGGGCAGGGAUUGGGAGGAGGUUUGGGGGCUUCUUGGGGAUUCCAUGGAGCAGCUCUGGAGGGACCAGGGGUGGCCUUGGGGCUGGAGAGUAGUACGGUUGGCCCAGGGCUCCCUCACACCCCUCUCACAGCUGGGUAGGGCCUGGGGUAGGGGGGCACAUAUUUCUUGUUAUCAUGUUUCACAAUUUUGGGGGGGUGGUCUUUGGGUUCCAAAAAAUAAACACUCUUUUUGGAGGGAAAGAUCUUAUUUCGAGUUCUUGGAGUGUCACGCGU